CACGACUUCAUUCACAACGGCUAACAAAUCACAUAUGGCUCUUUUUACGUGCAACUUAGAUUGAAGGUGGUUGUGUUUGCUCGUUCUGUAGUAGGUCAAGUCCAAGUAAGACAGAAAGACGUUUAUCACCCAAAAUGAGAGAAGAAGACUUGCAAGGUCAGCCCUCCAUCCUCCACCGCAUCGCUCCUAGACUUACACCCAAAAACAGGAUCCGGAGGCGCAAUGCCAUCCGGCACAGGACAAGAGGCAACCCCUAGAGGAGGAGAAAAAGUCAAACACGUCGCCAUCCUAGACUCCGAUGUAAUGGUCACAGCCGUCCAAACCCUCUACGGGCAAUACUACAGCGACCAAUAUAUCAAACGCCUCACCGCCGCCGCCGCCCGCAUCGCAGCCUCCCACCUCGCCACCUUCACGACCUGGGACGUCGUCGCAGGCCACUACCCGAACCCGGCCGACGUCGACGCCAUCCUCAUCACGGGCUCCAUCGCCGCCGCCUACGACACGGACCCCUGGGUCCUCCGCCUAGGUGACUUUAUCCGGCGUGUCUACGAGCAACACCCGGACGUCCGCAUCUUUGGCACCUGCUUUGGCCACCAGCUCAUCGGCAAAGUCCUCCUCGAGCCCCACGGCGCCGUCGUGGAAAAGGACCCCAACGGCUACGAGUUUGGCGUCCAGACCAUCUCGUUGAACCCGAAACUCGUAGAGGACUUCCCCUGCCUAGCCGCCCUCGCCUCGGCUACAACGACAACAGACUCAAACCAGGACUCAGACUCCCCUUCAUCACCACCCCCUCACGGUCUCCGGCUACAAAUGUGCCACGGCGACCACGUCGCCCUCGCCCCGCCACCUAACCCACCUCUCCCGGGCACCUGGCAAAACAUUGGUGGCAGCGCGCACUGCAGGGUCCAGGGCCUGUACGAACCCUCUCGCGUCCUCACGAUCCAGCCCCAUUUCGAGUGCGACCAGGUCAUCAUGGAAGAGACCAUCAAGCACUUUUACACGCCCGCCAAGGGGUUCUCGCCAGAGUUCCUGCAGCGGGCGUUUGACGCGACGAGGAGGGAGGACGACGCGGGUGUUGCUGCGGAGUGGGUGUUUCGAUUCUUGGUUGGUAUCUGAUGCUUCCGGGGUAGGGAAAUUUCUUUUGGUCUGUCAUGACUUAGUUGGAAGAAAGAAAAAUAACUCAUUAUAUCACGAGUGAUGUUGGUAUAAUUGCUCUUGUCAAUAGCGGUUGGAAGUGGCGGAUGGCGAGGUUGUGGUUCAGGGUGGUUUGGUAGAGCUCAGUCACAUGCGCAGCCUCAGUUGCCUCGUCUGGACCGCAUGACUGUUCCCACACCACCAUAGUCACCAGGGUCACAGAAUACUCAUGUAGUCUUUCCAAGGCUCCCUUUCUUUCUGUAGCACUUGGUGCCUGCGAAAUUAUGUCGUUCUUGAAGUGAAGCAGGCAGUCGGCUGACACUCGACCUCCCGGCCUUCCUAGACCCCCUUCCGAGUACGUUCAACCACAUACGACCAUACCCAUUGGAAAAUUCGGGAUCCCGUCUGCUCUCCCAUAGACAAGCUAAUGAGGGCCGGAUUAGUAGUUGGGUCGGUGACGAC